AUGUCCACCUAUAAUGGGAAAAGGUUGUCCACCAAAGACUUUGACUUCGACAUUCAGUCCCACAAAAGACGGCUUACCGACCUCUUCUUUCCCAACUCUUCUCGAGCUCCGAUUCAACGGGAUUCAUCCGACUUCCGGGAGUUCUGGAAUUUUGCAGGAAAACUCCAAUCCUUUCUGCUAAAUCAAUCCAACUGGUCAGAUUUCAACCACGGUAGCGACCGUUAUGACCGAGUACUACGUCUCAACCUACAGACACGUAACUACCGUUUGGAGGACUAUAUGCGCCAUCGAAUGGCUGACGACACCCCCCAUCGGCACUCUAGUCUCUCCGACCGGAACCUUCUCGCCAUGCAUCUUAUUUACGAUAUUUACCUUGACUUUCUAAUGAAGCAGAGAUGGGCUAAAAUAAAGCGCCUACGUCACGAUCGCGACAACCUCCCAAUUGCAAGAUUUCAUGAGUCUCUGUUAAGUGAGUUGGUGCGACAACAGGUGCUAGUUAUUGCUGGGGAUACAGGCUGUGGAAAGUCGACUCAGGUGCCACAGUACCUAGCGGGUGCGAAGAAAAUGGGAGAAGAGGUUCUUUACAAACGUAUUGCUGUCACGCAACCGCGAAAAAUUGCAUGCAUUAGUUUGGCUGCGCGUGUGAGUACCGAGAUGCUGGCGGAGAAGGGCACAAAAGUGGGCUACCAAGUAAGGCAUUCUACAUGUUCAGCCACUUACUUGCUCUUGCUUUUAUGCAUUUUCAUAGAGCAAUCGCACACGUCUUGCCGGUUUCAGGUUCGCUUCGAGAGGCACAAAUCGAAGGCUACGCAGAUUCUCUUCCUUACUGAGGGUUUGCUUCUUCGUCAGAUGCAGUCGGAUCCCUUCCUCAAGGAAUAUGACGUUAUUAUCCUUGACGAGGUAUGCGUACACGAACGUCACUGGCAGACAGACUGUCUUCUGGGUUUAAUGAAGUGCCUCGUGGUGGCACGACCCGAGGUGCGACUGGUGCUGAUGUCCGCUACGAUCAACGUUAAUCUUUUCGCCAGUUUCUUCAACGACUGUCCCAUUUUGGAGGCAAGUUCAAUUACUUUGGUCAUUAACUGUCCAAUUUUGGCCCUUCUCCAGAACAUUUUGAUGAAACUACUCAAUGUUUUCACAAACGCCUACUUCUUUGCAAUAAAAUAUUGCCUCAAGCUGCUAGAGGGCCUAGCAAUUAUAAAUUGUCAAUGUAGCAUGAAUCCGCCAAUUUGGUUAUCCAACUACUGCACUGGUCGACCACCAACUGGUCGUCUGUACCCAAUAACCCUCAAGUACUGCCCUUUGACUCCGGCCGAGCAGGCUGCCUCGCUGGAGCGGAUUGACCCUGCGCCCUAUGUUCGACUGCUUCAACAUAUCGACAACACCUAUUCCAUCUCUGAGCGCGGUGACCUUCUUGUUUUCCUCUCCGGCAUGGCAGAGAUUCAGGUUAAUGAUCUGUGUUUAAUUGUUCUUGAUUACUCUGCUUCUGAAAAGCCAAUCAUGAUAGUCUCAACCUGCUUUGUCGAACACGAUAGUAAUCGUAUGACUUAA